UUUAUUAUUGGAAAAGGUAAAAAGAUAUCUAUUUAUAGUUCUCAGCGGAGUGAUGAUCGUAAAUCCGUUAAAAAGUGCGAUUUGCAUCAUUCCAAUAGGAAGGGAGGACACUUGAUUUGAAUUGAAGUUUGUUUGCAGGUAGACUUAAAAGGAUAAACAUCUUCAAAAGUUAUCAGGCGAAGACAUAAAUGUAUUAUUACACUGUUAUAUUAGAACCACGUGGGAUAUGGGAGGAAUUAAUACGAAAGUAUAUUGAUUUUUGAUGCUAAUAAAUCCAGGACAGAAAGAAAAAAGUUCGUUAUAAUACUUAGAUAUACAGUUGGGAUUUUUUCUCUCGUCAUGUCGAACACAUAUGAAAAAAUUCUAAACGUGAUAUCCAAGCCACCGGCUUUCCGACAGGACUUUGAGAUCCAGACACUGAUGCCAUGGCUCCGAAAACAGUCACAGUUGUUCUCACAACUCAAAACAGAGUACUUGAAAGACAUUCUAAGAAACUGCGGACAAGUUACUUUUAACAAAGAUGACAUAAUAAUCAAACAGGGAGAUCAGGGGGAUUGUUUUUACAUGAUUCUGGGUGGCAAAAUCUCAAUCUACAUCCUCAACAAGGAGAAGAAUGAAGAGGGGGAUGAGACAGUACCCCUUGACCAGAUUGGGACCAGGAAUGCCAAGGGACAGCUUGACAGGUCCAAAUUAGGAAUAUUUGUCACCCAUCUAGGAACGGGCGUUCCUUUCGGAGAUGUAGCGUUAAUGUCCGAAGACUGUGUCCGAACAGCCACGAUUAUUGCCGAGGAGGAAACGGAUCUACUCGUGGUUGACCGAGCUCUAUAUAACAGAGCUGUGAAAGAGGUCCUGGCAAAAGAAUACGAAGACAAAGUGUCUUUCAUUAACAAUAACCCAUUGUUUUCUGCUUGGCCUCCCAGAUACAAGAAACAACUCACAAUGGCGAUGUUUAAGGAGGAAUUCACUUAUAAUACAACUCUAGUCAAACAGGGAGAUCCCGUUGAUAUUAUUUACUUUCUAAUCAGAGGUCACGUAGAGCUGCGCACUGACCCCGCAAUGCAUCCGGUACAAUACCCAAAAAUCUACCUCGACACCAUGAAUGAAGGUGAAAGACUGAUAAAACGUGACAAAGUUAGACCCCCUACGGAGUCGCAUUAUAACAUUAGUACUCACCUCAGGAAAAAAGACCACCAUAAGCACGUCAAAAUGUUUCUGCUUGGCAAGAACGAAAGUGUAGGGGAACUGGAAGUACUUCUGGGAAUGGAUACUUACAUGCAGACGGCAGUCUGCACGGAGAAGGUGGAAGUGUUAGUUUUAGAAAUGAAGCAUUAUGAAAGACUUUUUGUGAAGCGACAUCCCAGGACUAUAGACGACAUGAGAAGAAUUCUGGAAGUUAAACUAGAGACACGAAUGAAACUUCUCUCUAAUAAAACCGAAAUACCUUUUCUUUCUCGUGUGAAAACAAAAUUAAACAUGAUUAAUAAUCCACAACCUGUGGUGAAAAAGGAAAAAGAUCUUCCAUCGCAGAAAAUGGCAGAGAAAGAAUUUCUUAAUCAUAAAGGACCUCUCAUUGACAUGUAUGGUCCUGGGAGUGUGUUCUAUAUGAUACGCGUCCGUGAAAAAACGAAAGUCAAGGGAUUCGGUUCCAGAGAGAAAAGGAAACCUAAACAUAUCAAUAAAGAUUCCAACGAAAAUGAACAUUUGCAUGCAAUCAAGGUCCCACAAACUUUAGUGCUCGCUGCCCAGAUGGCAGGGGCCACAAAAGAUAGGGAAGUGCUCGAACGUGAAACCACUACCUCCAUACAAGCCCCCAGUUCGAAGGGGAAUCCCCUGGGAGCCAAGUCUUUCCGAAGGAUACAAAGUGCAAUCAAACCAGACGAAGAACCAAUGAACACAAAUUUAGAUAGUUUUGAAUUUGAUGACGACAAAGAGACAAGUAGGUCAUGGCCGCAUGAGACUCGUUAUGGUACCACUGUGUCCUUCAUGGAUGCUGAGGAUGACGUCAGCUUGUCAAGACUGGAAAAUAAAGUUCGAAAUUGGCUGAGCCACGGCAAUCCCAAAAGUGGUCCUCAAGUGACUCAGCUGCGACGCCUUGCGGUGGAGGAUCUGGAGAACACACCUAAACCAGGAAAUAGGGUUGUUGUGCACAAGCGCAGUCGGUCUACCCAUAGUUCCAGUAGCGGAAAUGAAGUGGAGAGCACAGCUUCCAAAAAAGAAUCGCCCCGACAGGAAGAGAAAUUCGACAAAUACCGAAUACUCCUCGCUCACUAGUUUAGCUAGCCAAAAAGAUAUUUAUACUUGCUCUUUUAUUUUAUACACCUGUUUUCGUAAUCAUUUAUGCUGUGUAAUAAAAAGACACUUUAUUUUUAUUACUUUUCUGAGGUAAACUAAAUUGCCUAAAUGCAACAUAAGUGCCAAUGAAAGUUUUCAUUUUAUUGAACAAAUUACAUGUGUAAAUAAAUCUCCCACAUUUUUAUGUAAAGUUCUAUCCUUUCUUUCACUUGCUUUA